AACUAGCUCAGCUGUUACCAACUCUGUUAGCAAGGCUGUUUUUCUUCCUCGGAAACAACAGUAAAGACACGCCUCUUUGAAUAUGGAGGCCGCUGCGGACGGCUCGGCUGAGACCCAAAGCCUGGUGGAAAAAGACAGCCCGGCGAAGACCCAAAGCCCAGCCCAAGACACCUCAACCAUGUCGAGAAAUAGCGCAGAUACAGGUAAAGUUCUUGCUUUACCAGAGCACACUAAAAAGCCCAAGGGAUACUUGCCAGCCGAGUCCGUUAAGAUCCUCCGCGACUGGAUGUAUAAGCAUCGGUUUAAGGCCUACCCUUCAGAAGAAGAGAAGCAAAUGCUGUCAGAGAAGACCAAUUUGUCUUUGUCGCAGAUUUCUAACUGGUUUAUCAAUGCUCGCAGACGCAUUCUCCCGGAUAUGCUUAAACGGCGUGGAAACGACCCCAACAUUGGCCACAAAACGGGCGAAGAUGCCCAUGCCACCCACCUGCAGAGCACCGAUGCGUCUGUGCCGGCCAAGUCAGGGCCCAGUGGUCCAGAAAAUGUCCAAAGCCUGCCCGUGUGGCCCUUGCCAAAGGGCCAGAUGUCAGGAGAGAAGCUACCAGAUCCGGAGUCGGCCCCUAGCCAGAACCCCACCGUGAUAGCCCAGCCAAAGAAAAAGGUCAAGGUUUCUGUCACCUCCCCGUCUUCUCCAGAACCUGUGCCUCCAGAGGAGUACCCUGACUUCAGCAGCUUCCAGCUGCUUGUCGAUGCAGCAGUACAAAGGGCUGCCGAGCUGGAGCUAGAGAAGAAGCAAGAGCCUAAUCCAUAAUUGAUGAUGUUCCAAAAACCCAAGUAGUCAGUCCCUUAUGUGCUGUGGUAAACCUGUUUAUGUUCACCCCAACUUAUUUGUAUGCUUACCUUUUAUAGAGGGAUCUUUCUUUCUAGUGGUUUUAUGAGAACGAAUCUUAAUUAUUGGGACUAAAUUCUGUCAGAUAUUUCAGAGUUUCCAGGUGAAAGACAAUAAGGUGCCAUCAUGAUGAACACUGCAGGAAAGAUCUCUUAACUCUCCUUCCCCCUGUAUUUGAACU